AUGUCGAGACGUCGAGACGAGGAGCAGCAGCAGGACGGACCGACCCGCUCACCAGACAGACGAUCGUCGAGUAAGAACAGGUUGGACGUUAAGAUGUACGAGGGCUCGAGGACGGGUUGGGACAGGUCUGAACAUGAACCGGGAGUGGGUCAGCACUUACAGCCAGGUCUUACUACAUACACAUAUGGACACCAGCGGCUUUGUUUGAUAACCUUUAGGAGACAGAUUACAUGA